AUGUAUUCUUCGAAUAAUAUUUUGAAUCUAAAAAAUACUUUGAAUUUAGUAAUUGAAAUCACUAGAAAUCAAGAACACUCGACAGUAGGAAGUAUUAUAUGUGAAAGAAACUAUAUUAGAAUAUCUUCAAAAUUUAUAAAUAUUAAUGAAACCAUUGAGCAAUUAUACGCUAAUUUAGAACAUUCAUUAGAGUUCUUAAUAAGUGAUUUUAUCCUCUUCAAGAAAAGAUGUAAUUUUGAUUAUAUUAUUUUAAUCACUACAGAUGAUACUAAUAUAAUUGAUAAUAACAUAUCAAAUACAAUAAACUUCAAUGGGAAUAUCAUUAAAAUGCUUAAUCUCUUUGAAAAAAUUGCUAAAAAUUUAACAAGAAAGAAAAAAUCGGAAGAUUAUGCUCACCUUUAUGUUGGUAUUAUUAAAAUUAAUAAAUGGAAAAAUAUUUUGAGUGCCACUAGGACCAAUAAUGAUAACAAAAUGAUAAAGAAAUCAAAACAUUUUAAUAGCACAGCUAGUACAAAUAAUGCAAAUGAUAGUAUAAUACCAAUUGGCAUUCAUAAUCAAAAUAAUUCUUGUUACAUUAACUGUAUUAUUCAAAGCCUAAUAGGAACUGAUGAUUUUUUUAAUUGGAUAUUAGCGUUUAAUGCUAAUAAAGAAUUACAUAAUUCAUAG